AUGAAGUCUUGGGACGCGACUGCAGCCCGUGUCCUCCAGAUUGACGGGUUUGGUCGCAAAACCCUCGACGGAAAGAAGGCCGCCCAACGGUUCGGUUUGCUUGUUGAGGCCCACCGUAAGUUCCAGGCGAAGUCCAAGUUCAUGUCAGGUAGCAAUCAGGAGGAGAACGAGAAGACCCAGCUGCUCGAUGACCUCGUUGCAUUGGUCGAUGACCAUACGUCCAUCAAAGUCGAAAAGUAG